CCCGGCAAACAAACAUAUGCGAACAUGCCGUUGAAAGACAAGAAUCAGAGCGAUGAGGAGAAAAUCUUGAAUCCGGACCGUGAAAUUUCUGAAUUUGGACAGUCUAAAUCGCAUGGACACUCUGUUCGGCUCAUCGUACGAAAUGUACUUGUUCUCGCUGCGGUUCUGCAUGUCUUGUCAUACUUCACAUGGCCUCUGAAAGUCAGAAAUACCUUGACGUAUGAAGAACGAGCAUUGAAAAUCCUCUCUGAAAAUCCUCUCAUAGAUGGACAUAAUGAUCUCCUUAUCCUUCUUAGAGGCAGGUAUCAAAACCAUAUCUAUGGUGCAGCGUUCAAAGAUUCCUUUGAGAACGGUGGCUUAGAGGGACAUGUCGACAUUCCACGCAUUAGGAAAGGAAGGUAUGGAGGCGCUUUCUGGAGCGCUUUCAUGCCUUGCCCAAGAAACGUCACCAACUACGACGACGCGAAUUAUGCCUGGACUACGAAAGCGACGCUGGAGCAGAUUGAUACAUUUAAUCGACUUUCCGCAAUGUAUCCAGAGCUCUUCACGUUAGCCCCAAAUGCUGCUGCGGCCGAGAAGGCAUUCAAUGAAGGCAAGCUAAUAUCUCCCAUCAUUAUCGAAGGACUACACCAGAUUGGCAAUUCAGUGUCGUUUUUACGCUUGUAUCACCGACUAGGCGUUCGAUAUGCUACACUGACGUGGAACUGCCACAAUAAGUACGCGGAUGCUGCUUUAAUAACAGACCUGGAGGCCGGGAGGACCACAGCAAGCACGCCGUACUGGAAUGGGCUAAGUCCGGCAGGGAUUCAACUCAUCAAGGAAAUGAACAGACUUGGAAUGAUCGUGGAUCUUGCCCACGUAUCGAAAGACACAAUGAUCGAUGUUCUCGGAGGAAAUCCUGAGAAGACAAACGGGUCGCUUGCGCCGCCCAUCUUCAGUCACUCCAGCGCGUACAGUGUUUGCCCGCAUCCACGCAACGUCCAAGACGACGUGCUCGAUCUGGUGAAGAAGCGCAAUUCACUGGUCAUGGUCAACUUCUCGCCCGACUUUGUGGCGUGCAAGGCUUCGAACUCGAGCGACGGCCUUCCCACCGCCGAUCCGGAAAACGCGACGCUCGAUCAGGUCGUCAAGCACAUCAUGCACAUCGGUGAACGCAUUGGCUACGAUCAUGUGGGCAUCGGCACGGAUUACGACGGCAUUGAGAGCACACCCAAGGGGCUCGAGGACGUUUCAAAGUUUCCUGAUCUGGUGGCGGCCCUGCUCAGGGCUGGAGUAAGCGACAGCGAUGCGGCGAAAGUUGUCGGCUGGAACAUGCUGCGUGUUUGGCAUGAAGUUGAUCGUGUUGCCCACCAGCUGCGCGACACCCUGCCCUUGGAGGACGACAUAGUACCGUGGCUACAGUCGGCUGUCGACGCGAAUAAAUCAGAGCUCUAGAUAGGCGGUAGUGUCAAAAAUGCUCGUGGAUUGCUCCGACUCUACGUUUUUGUAAUUCCAAUCUUUGAUUCUGAUUCACGCCAGGUGGAGCUUAUCUAGCUACGUCGUGGGAAUCAGCGCUACAGACUAGUCUUUAAGCUAAUUUGUACAAUGCAAAGGCCUAGGAGAACUUGGUAUCCUUGUCCGCAACGGGGAAGUCCUUGCCGGUCGUGUCCUUAUACUUCGCGCGGAUGAAGUCAGAGAUCUGCUCAUCCUUAGCCUGCUCGAUCGCGCUCUCAUUGUCCUGCGGGCCCUGGCCUAGGAACUUCUCUUGGACGAAGUCGACGCCCCUGGUUAUUGGUAUUAGUACCAUGGAGUUAUUUGGCCACGGGAUUAUGCCAACAUACUUGUCGAGCAUGUCCUCAUUCUUCUCGCUCUCCCUUCCGCCGCCUGCGGCAGAGUUGAGCUUGUCGCCAAGGCCGCCUAGGAAGCCACCUCCGCUGUUCCCGCUUUGAGCGUUCUGCUCACCAACUGGCGCAUUUGCCUUUUGGCCCUCAGAGAACUUGGAUGCUGCGUCUUUGAGGAAAUCCAUGACUGUUUAAGAAAUGGGAGGGAGACGUGGUGAUCCGCUAGUCGGAGGCUUUUCCUCAGCGCGACGAUCGGGGAUCCAGGCUCAAGAACGACUUUUGGUUUUGAGCUGGCAAAAACAAACUUGGACGCACGUGUGAUUUCAAGGUCAGGCUGCUGUGCAGAGGGUUGAUACGAAGGGAAGAGGGUUGUCUACGGCGAGGUAUUUAUGAACGCUGAUAGAUAGCAAUCUACCCCACCACCAAG